AUUCAAAUUAUUAUAUGAAUGCUAAAAAUGAAAUAAAACGUCCAACAACUAACGACUAAUAAUCAAAAACUCAAACAACUUCAUCAAACGGAGAACGAAAGAUUAGAUAGCUGCAAGUGUAUUUCUAUCAUAUUGACUUGCAGUAGGAAUGAGACACAAGGAAGAAUAUUGAUUUUGUCGAAGUGAAAGUGCGUGCCCUCGGGUGAGCUAGGUGGGUUGCUUGGGUCGCUUGGGUCUGGGCUUGAAUAAUCCAAAUUAAGGUUACCCAAGUCAAACCGGAUCCAAUCAGAUAUAUUACAGAUCCGACCCAUUCCCAAAUAUCGGACCAAUUUGGUGGGUGAUUGAAUCCUUUGCAUGAAGUUUGGAUAAGAGAUAAGGCAAAGGAACAGCCACAGCCACAUCCACGGCCACGGCAACUGUGUGGGACACUAUCUGAUCUACUUCCUUCUCCUCCCCUUCCAACCUUAAUUAUUUUCUAUUUUCACUUUCCUUUAUCAGUAUCUGGUUCUCUUCGUAUCUGCUGUGUUAAGCGAGCUUGCAAUGAUGGCGAGUACAACAUCAGCUCCCAUGGCCAGCCAGCUGAUCAAGACUAACUUAUUCACUAGCACUACUUAUUCACCCAUCAAUAGGGCAGCAAUAGCGUCUCCCAGAGGCAUCUCCUCCUCUCCGCUCAAGCGAAGGAGACCCCUUUCCUUCUCCGUCAAAGCUGUCCAAGCCGAUAAGCCAACGUACCAAGUGAUUCAACCAAUCAACGGUGAUCCUUUUAUCGGCACCCUCGAGACGCCUGUGACGUCGAGCCCCUUGAUCGCAUGGUACCUGUCCAACCUUCCAGCGUACCGGACGGCGGUGAACCCACUUCUGAGGGGCGUAGAGGUAGGCCUGGCCCAUGGGUUCCUCCUCGUCGGGCCCUUCGUCAAGACUGGCCCACUUAGGGACACCCCCUACGCCGGAGGAGCUGGCUCUCUGGCCGCCGGCGGCCUCGUCGUCAUACUGAGCAUUUGCCUGACAAUGUACGGAAUUGCGUCAUUCAACGAAGGAGAGCCGUCGACGGCGCCGUCGCUGACGCUUACGGGGAGGAAAAAGCAGCCGGAUCAGCUGCAGACGGCGGACGGGUGGGCCAAGUUCAGCGGAGGGUUCUUCUUCGGAGGUAUAUCCGGCGUCAUCUGGGCUUACUUCUUGCUCUAUGUCCUAAACCUUCCCUACUUUGUCAAGUAGGCUUUUUCUAGCCUUGGCUUUUUUCGUUUUAAGGCUCUGCCGGAUUAAUGCAUGCUGUUAUGAAAUGGGAAGGUGUAUAUUAAUUAAUUUGAUGACCGCUUUGUACCAAUUAAUUAUUGCACUUGAAGCUUUUUGCUCUCCAUGUAAGCAAAAUUGUAUGGCAUUCUAUCUUGACUAGUUGGUAUUUAUGUAUCUAAACAUAUUUUUUAUUUAAAAAUAUUACAUUUUAGUGUGUA